AUGAGAGAUUCUGAUGAUGAGAAUUUGGGUUUUACCAUAAAUUCCGAUGGGGAGCUUGAAGAUGAAAGACUGGAAUUCAAUCGCAAAUCCGACAUGAAGAAACCAGAAUUUAAACUAAAACAGAAGUUUGCCACAGUUCAAGUACUAUUGAGAGAUGCAUUGAGGGAGCAUGCUAUUCAAGGUGGAUGGGAGUAUAUCUUCAUCAAGAAUGAUAAGACAAGGAUGCGGGUUGUAUGCAAGGAGGACAAUUGUCCCUUCUUUUUGUUUGCUUCCAAAAUACAGCAUGAGAGCACUCUCAUGAUCAAGGGAUAUGAUGGUACACACAAGUGCACAAGAAAAUUUAACAAUAGCAUGGUGAAGCUUAGAUAUUUGACAGCAAAGUUUAAGGACCAGAUUGUGGUUAAUGAGAGUGUGAAGCCAGAAUCUCUUGCAAAGACAAUGUCAUCAACCAUUCGAGCAAGGGUUUCCAAGUCAAUGGCAUAUAAAGCUAAAAGGGCAGCUGUGUUGGAAUAUGAGGGAAGCAUCCGAGAGCAAUAUACAUGGCUUUAUGAUUAUGGCAGGGAGCUUCAGAGGGUUGAUCCAGCAACCUCUAUUGAUAUUAAAUGA